CCUGGCACGCCGCCCGUCCGCUCCGCCGUGCCCCCCUGCCCUGCGGCCAUGGCCCCCAUGGGGAUCCGCCUCUCGCCCCUCGGCAUGGCCGUGUUCUGCCUGCUGGGGCUGGGCGUCCUCUACCACCUCUACUCCGGCUUCCUGGCCGGCCGCUUCGCCUUCUUCAUGCUGAGCGAGCCGGCGGCCGGCGGGCCCGAGACCCCCCGCGGCUCCGCGCCCGCCGGCGCCGUGGACCUGCGGGAGCUGCUGGCCGUGUCCGUCCUGGCCGCCGUCAGGGGCGGGGAGGAGGUGAAGCGGGUCCGCGAGGGCAACGUCCUCAACGCCAAGGCGAAGGGGAAGACGCGGGAGGGGGCCGAGGAGCAGCUGACGAGCGGCGACCUCCUUUCCAACCGCAGGAUGUUCUACCUGCUGAAAGGUGCCUUCCCCGCCGUGCAGAUAAACUCUGAAGAGCGUGUUGAUACAGCUGAUCAGGAGACAGUCUCUUGGGAUCGCAGUAUUCCUGAAGACAUAAAACAAAAAAUACAGCCUAAAGAGGUUCCAGCAGAAAGUGUUACUGUCUGGAUCGAUCCGUUAGAUGCUACGCAAGAAUACACAGAGGAUCUUCGACAGUAUGUCACGACAAUGGUUUGCGUGGCUGUAAAUGGUAAACCAGUAAUAGGAGUGAUACACAAGCCGUUCUCAGCAUAUACAGCCUGGGCAAUGGUGGAUGGUGGGUCAAACGUAAAAGCUCGUUCCUCCUACAAUGAGAAAACUCCAAGGAUUAUUGUAUCCCGCUCCCAUGCAGGAAAAGUUGAGCAGGUUGCACGGCAGACAUUUGGAAAUAAGACUGUGAUAAUCCCGGCUGGUGGAGCAGGUUAUAAAGUGUUGGCCCUCCUUGACGUGGCUGAAAAGAAUCAAGAAGAAGCUGAUGUGUAUAUCCAUGUCACCUACAUUAAGAAGUGGGACAUAUGUGCUGGAAAUGCAGUGUUGAGAGCAUUAGGUGGCCAUAUGACUACCCUGACUGGUGAAGAAAUUAGUUACACUGGCUCAGAUGGCAAUGAGGGAGGACUUAUAGCCAGUAUCAACAUGAACCAUAAAGCACUAAUUGAAAAACUUCCAGAUCUGGAAAAAACAUCACACAAAUAAACUUGACUGAUGGAGAAGUACAAGUCGUGCUUUUGUAGCCUCCAAAUGCUGUGUCUGAAGAAGCAGGUGUGAAAACCUGCUGGGAAAGAUGCAAAGCAAAGCAGUUUGGUGUGGGUUUGGGGACUAUAUCAUACAUUGGGUUUCUUCAGUGGUGGUAUUUAAAAAAGAAUAAAAUAAUAAUAAUCAGAAGUAGGAAGGGGACUGACUGCCUCACACCUCAGUUUCCAUGUUUUAUUUUUUUCAGACUGUUUUCAUGCAGUUCUUAUACUCAAGGUGCAUACACAGUAUAUAUUGGUGAAUGUAGGUGAACUAAAGAAAAAUCCAAAUUUACUCAUAAAAUAACCUAAGUAGUUCUCACAGGAAUUUCUUGGAACCUUUUACAUCUUGUUACUGUACUUGUAGUAACUUCAUAACGAAUUAGGUAGGAAAAAAGGUUGAUUUGUAUAGGCAUCUGAUAACUCUGUAAACAAUUUAGCAGGAAACAUGACUCUGUGUUCUGUAUCUGCUGAACAGAAAGCACAAGAAGGUUGACACAAAUUUAUAUGCAACAGCAGUUUAUCUUUGACAGUGUGGCACUCCUUCUGCUUUUUAAGAGAAAAAAAGAAAUGUUCUGUACUGUUUUGACUUUUCCUGAAGAUGUAAACCAGUUCAGUUCAGAUGGGUUGUGAAUAUCAAUGUUUUAUUGAUCAGUGUAAUUAUUUCCGUAUACCUUUUUAAAAGAAGGCAAUGUUUCCUUGUAUAGUUUUUAACAGUUACUUCUUGUCCUUGAUUUCUGCGUACAGUGUUGAAGAUGCAUGCUAGAUUUUUCUCUAAUGUAGGACUUGUUCAUCAUUUCGUGUUUGUGCCUAUAGAAGCAGCCUCUUCCUUCAGUACCUGUUUCUUUUGUUUGUUUGGUUUUUUCCAUUGGACAGUCAUAUGGAAUGAGUUUAACAGAAAUAGUAAGUUGAUUGGUUGUUUCCAUUUACAACUUAUAAACCAGCAAUUUUUCUACAACCCCAGAAAUAACUUUCUGUCUUUUUAGGUUAAGGCGCACUCUUUUCUGCAGAAAGCUCUUGAGCCAUCCCAGCCAGCUUGUGGUUACUUGGUUUGUGGAAAUUUACAUAGCGAGAGACCAUUUGAACUUGAAUCUGUUUAAGCAAGUUUGAAGAACACGUGGCGCUUGAAGUACAGCAGGGUCUGCAAAACUUUACCAAAAAAUGUUCUUUGUCAAUCCAAUAUACACAGAACAGAACAUGGGCCCUUUGAUAUCAAAUGACAAUUUGUUGCACCUCUAAAAUAUGUGGACUUCUAUCUGCAAAAAUGUAACCAUCUGUAUUGUUGUUCUCUGCAUCCCUCUGAGGGGUUUCAGAAGGUUAAAAUGUACCUGUUGUUUGAAUUAUCAGUAGUUUGAAUUAACCAUCUCUCCUCAAGAAAGCUAAAAUUCUUCGUUAAUACAGGUGUUUUCUGUUCAAAGUUUAUUCAGUAUAAGCUUAGGCUGUUUAAACCAAAUUGUUAAUUACUUUCAUUUUAACUUCUUUCAUCAUACUGCUGUUGUGAUUAAAAAGAGGUUUUUCUCCUUAUGUCAGUAGCGGAGCAUGUCUAGAUACCUCUUCUAACAUCUAGCUGAUGUUCACAUUUCCAAAAGACCUCCUCAGAUGUUGCAUAACUACAAAUACAGACUUUUAUUUUGUAAACUUACUGGCAAAGUAGACUGAAGCUUAGUCCUACUAGCCUUUUGGUACGGGUAGUAUUUUUUAGAGAACUGUUUUUCCAAAAUUGACACUAUUGCUGCUGUAUGAAAAUAGCUUUUACACAUGUAGAUAAUAUACAAAGCAACUUAGCUUCCAAUUUUUUAAUUUAAUAAACUACUAUAUGCUAUGACAAACAAGUGAAUAUGCCCUUUUUAAAAAGGGUCUGAUCUAUUUUGAAAAACUUGUUGAGCUUCCAAACCUCAGUGAAGAAUAAAACCCCAGAUAUUUAUCAAGGCUUUAGUAAUAUUUUGCAAGAAGACUGAAGCUUUUUUUCCUUCAGGCUGAUUUAAAUGACUUAGUCUAAUAAAAAAAGCAGCUCUUCUGUUUAUUAGUUAAAGAACACAGAUUAAAAUUAAAAUUUAAAUAUGAGAAAUAGCCAUAGUUAGCCUAGUAUAAAAACCUAAUUGUGUCACAGAGGUUGAAUGCACAAUAUUUAAAUAGGCAAUUAAGACAAAGUCUGUGGCAGGUUGUGGUUUUAGAUUCAGGUUGAAAUCAUGUGUAAACCUACCUUGUGAAAAUGUGACUGCUUUUAUUUUGGGUGCGAUUCUAUCACUUCCUUGCAUAAGCUGUGAUCAGACUUAGCUUCUGUAUGAGAAGUGAAAAGUAAGAUAAUGUUAUAUAUCGUACAAGGGCUUACUUGCAUCUUAGUUGAAGGUAUAUAGCAGUAAACAGAAGUAUUUGCCUAAAUUAUUUUUCCUUAGGAAGGUAAUAUACAAUGAAGAGCUUCAGCCCUCCUUUCCUUCCUCCCAUAUGCUGGCUAAAAUACCUGGUCUUCCAUAGGAAGACAUGCUUGUUUAGACCCAUUUAUAUCCUAAAUUGCUUUGUUGCAAUGGAUCUUAGUGUUCAGUACCUUUCACUGGGGACCCUUAUUGGCCCAAUCUCACUUCUUGAGAAAAUGAAGAAAAGGUGAGAGUGAGGUGCCCAGUUAAUUACUUCUGGUACAGCCUGAGCUCAUACAGCUUUCCCACAGCUAAGGCUUAAGGUGGUGCUUGGGGUCUCCCAGUCUAGUUUAAAGAGGAGCUGCUUUGAGAUGAGAAUAGGUAAGUACCUGGUGAAUAUCAGUUUCUGAUGUCAUUUUACAGUAAAUGCAACUCUUAACGCAGACCAGCAAGUAUUCAAAAGUGCUUGCUUAGUGCACAUGUGCCAGUGCACUUCGAUAUUUGUUUGUAUGGUGUUAAUAGUCAGUACAUCCUAUUUCUUUGACUAUGUUUACACUCCAUUCUAAAACAUUUUGCUAUUCAGGCUUAAAUAUUUGUUUCGUCUCAGCUGUGUGGAUGUGACUUAAGCUUAUGCCCAGAGUGGUACGAAAUCAUACUGUACCCGUGUCUCACUGCUGAGCUAGAACAUUGUUCUUUACAUUCUAGCCUUUUCCACGUAAAACUGUCAUACCAUUUUUAGGGAUGCUACUUAAAACAAUUGCAUGGUGUAGGUGGGUCCUACAAAAUUAUGUCUUUUCUAAAAAUUUUAAUUAAAAAAAUUUAUGGUAUCGUUCUAGCUCCAAACAAGGGAAGUAAGAGAAUGCAUUGUUUUAGCAUUGGUUUUCCAAUGGUGGAUUUUUUGAGUGGCUAUUAUGAUUAAGGUAAUUGCAAGUGAAAUUAUUCUAAAGCCGUAUGUAUUUUCUCUUUUUCAUUCUGCUAAAAAGAGUGGAUGGUAGCAUAGAUGAUACCUCGUACUGUACCAAGAGUCCUAACUUUCAUUCCUUGAAUGAAUGUUUUCUAAAUAAAUGGACACAGAAAUAAAAGGGUUGACUGUUAUACUUAACUGAUUUCGAGUUUAACCUAUUUGCCAGACUUUUACAGAUGGACUUAUAUAAGAGCUGUUUGUUCUGAUCUACAGAGCACAUAAUACUAAUGAAAAUACUUAGCAGAGAUGGCUUACUUGGAUGGUGAAUUAACCAUACAGGUGAAGCUGCAAAGUCAUCUAGUGAUGUUGUUUCAUAUAUUUGCUUUUACUUCAUGGUCAUUAGAGUGGACGGAUUUUCUAACUGGCUUCAAGUGUGAGAAGAGGAUUUUUUUUGUUUUGUUUUGUUUUUUAAAUGGCCAGUGGUUGGAGAUGAGGGGCAUGGAGGGGAGUCAGCACUGGAGUUCGUCUCUGCUUUUUUGUUUAUAAACAGAUGUACUGCAACAUCUUUGUAGCAUCCUCUUAUCUGUUGGAGUUGUACAACAGCGGUGCAAUAUUGUAUACUCCUGGUUUAAUAGUGUAAAAUGAGGAGUCCACAUCCCCCAGAGCAGUGCAAUGAGAAGUGACAGAGUGUUGUGCUGAGCCUCAUCUGUGUUAUGCCAGCCAAGGCUGGCUGCUUCAUUGUCUUGUGAAUGUUGUUCCAGUUGCGGUUUCUCUGAUGGCAAAACUGCUUUUGUAGGCUACUGUCUCCCCAGUUACGCCCAAGCCCUUUGUGGAUCUGUUUUCUACAGUAAACUAGAGAAGUGAAGAGGAAAGAAGCAGAUGGCUGUGCUGGGGAAAUUGUGACAGAGAACACUUAUUUCCAUUUCUUGAUUUAAAUUACAUCAAUAGCUUCAUGUCUCUUGUCCUUCAGGGGUUAGAUAAUCAUACAGUUAAGAUUUAAUGCACCACAGAUAAAUGCCUGCAGGAUUUUAAGCCCAAGCAGGAUGAGGGCGGGGGAGACUGCCUCUAACCAAGGAGAGUCUGGAUGGAUGGCUUCCUGUCAGGCCAUUCAUGCUGAGCCUUUUUUCAAUGCUUUGUAGAGAUUUAGGCCCUUUCACACAAACAAUUACAGAUUUGACUUUGCCAAAAUAUCAUUCAUAGUCUAUCUUCUGACCUGCUAUCCUCAAUGAUAAAGCUGUGCCAUAUCCACUUCACUGUCAUGUAACUCGCUAAGACAAGACUGUGGUAACUGAGGACUCAAAGAUUGCUUGACUUUUGAACCACACAUUCUGGCAGCUCUUAUAAUGAAGUGCUAGUGCCUGCUGCGAGUGUUCCCACCCCACAAGCAGGUCAUGCCACACACGGUUCAUAUCAAGAAGCUGUUGAAGCCUUGUACUUCAUGGUUUUCAGAUGCCACACCAGCUCUUUCAGCUCUUCUGAGAGAGGUUCAGAAGUGCUCAUCCAAUUUCCUUGAGGCUUCCUCAGGACCCAGUAAUUAGCAGCCACUUUUCCAUCUUUGCUGUUCCUCAUCUCUCUGUUCCUUCCUGAUCCUUGCUCCUUUCUUAGUCCAUGUGGACAAGAAAAAUGAGAGAUCAGAGGUGGAGACAGUCCCAGAAUGAAAGGGCCACAGAAGCAAACUAUCUAGUUUAUCCUGAAGCUGUUAAUGAUUGGGACCAAGGUCUAAGGUGCUGAUCCUACCAAAACUGUGAUAGAUGCCAACAAAAUAAAGGCAACUUGAAGAGAGGUUCAUGUGAUUGGUGCUACUGAACAUGCAGAAAAGAUGCAAAUGGACUAAGGAGAAGUUAAAACUGUCUCAAAAAGGAGAAGAAAACAGCUUUUCAGUGUAAUGUUACAAGCAUUCGGCAUUUCUGUCCCUCUGGGUGCAGAGCUUCGUUGCUUAUGAAAGAGGCUCCAUUGGCCCUCUGUGAAAGGCCUGAUUUUGCUGAAGUCAGUAGCAGCAUUCCCGCUGAAUUCAAUGUGAGCAGAAGCAAGCCAGAUAAAACACGAACAGUAAAUUAAGCUAAGUUCUGAAGAGCUCAGCUUCUGCCAAUAUAGCAAACAACCUGGGUUGUGUUAAACUCACUUCUGGCGGCAUCAGUCUACGUUACUAGAGAACUUGGAAACGUCAUCCCAGUGUCUCGAGGUUCUAAGUCUGUCAGGUUUUUUUAUGGUCUACAGCUGCUAGAGCCCACUUUCAGAUAAUGUUUUCAACCCUGAUUGAUCCUUAUUUGUAAUUCACAUUUCUUUUUUCUCCCCAAAGGGCCAGCAACACUCCGGCAUUUUUCCUGUUGUCCCACCAAAUUGUAUUAGCAUUUUCCAAUUGUGUGCCAAAUUGAAAUAACAAUUCUAUAAAUAAA